AUGAAGUCUCCGGGUAUCCCACAGAAGAGAGAUUCAUCGGGUGUAACUUCGAGUUAUCCCAGUUCCGUAACUUCUGAAGACACUUUAUCACCAGGACAGGAAUCUCCUCGUCUCUUCACACCCACCCCCUCGGAGGGCUCAGUUCAAGGAGACUAUGAGAACCUAGAACAUGCGUCCAUCGAAGACCAGCAUGCAAAAAUCAACGCCUGGAAGCAAACUACUCAAAAUUUCCCUCCUCCAGAGCAGCCAUCGCCUGACACCCAAUUUCACGACACCCCCUGCGACCUCCUCCCAGAAUACCCAGCUACCUACCAACUUAAAACCGACAACCUCCCCCUCUCAAUCCUAGCAGUCCGCAUAUUAAUCCACAAAUCCCUCCUCACCCCCUCAGAUAUCCAACCCCUCUCCCGCACCACGCUCUACGAACACCAACCCACCGACCCCCUUACAGGCAUCGCCUCCGCCACCCUCGAAACAGUGACCAACGUCGCUCUCGGCGUCGCUUCUAUCCCCCUUUCAAGCUACCACGCUUUCAAGUCAUCUCCUUCUAGCGAUUGUCCCCUCAAGACCAGAGAUGCCAGCAAGCCGAAUCCGUAUGAUAAAGCGGUGCUGGGGGCCGCUAAGGGGGUAGGACGGGUGGUGGCGGCGGGGUUGAAGGCGCCGAUGUUGGUUACCACCGGCGUCGCAGGCGGACUGAGAAAUCUGCCGGGACUGUAUGGCGAGGAUGUAAGAAGGGUCGAGAGGGUUGAGGGGGUUGUUGGGGGGGUGAAGCAGGCGGGUGUGGGCUUUGGAACAGGUCUCUACGACGGUCUCACUGGCAUCGUGAAGAAACCAUAUGAUGGCGCGAAGACGGAAGGACCUCUUGGUUUUCUCAAGGGAGUGGGAAGAGGAAUUGGAGGGGUGGUUUGUAAACCUGCUGCUGGCGCCGUAGGUAUAGCAGCAUACCCACUCCUCGGUCUCUGGCGCGAGGUCGAGAAGGUGGGGAAGAAGAAGGAUGAGACUCCAGGACUGGGAAGAGAGGAAGGAGAUGAAGAGGAGUUUAGAGAGGAAGAUGUACGAGUGGUGGUUAAGGGCUGGGAGGAGUUUUGUGGGAAGAAAAAGAUUUAG